AUGAAAGAAGAAAGUCAACAAUAUAUGUCAGGCAAUAAUCGGCCCUUCACAGCAAGCUUUUAUAAAGCAUUGGAUAUCAUUACCACUAUGAGAAACCAAAACGAUCAGUCUAUUCCAUAUUGGAUUCAACACUUUAAAGCAAUAGCUUAUGCAGACGAUUUAAUGGUAGGAAUUGGCUCCUCCUCAAACUGGAGAACACUUUUGUCACUGUUACAAAAAUAUGAAAGUGCUACAAACUCAAAUGUUAACAAAGAAAAAUCUAUUUUAGUCCCUAUAACAGAAGUGGCACAAACAAUUAAUUUGCCAAAUCAGAAUCUCUUCAAAGUUGCUAAUGAGGAAACUUUACUCAGAAUUCUGGGAUAUGAAGUAAAUAUUAAGGGAGCUGCCAAAAAACACCUGUGGGAAGACCUAAUUCAAAAUCUGGUACCUAGCUUACCUUCUUCUACCAAAAAGAAACAGUUAAACAAAAUUAAUGAUCUCAUUUCACGAUGGAUCAAAGAUAAAUCCAAGUUACUACCUAGAUACUCGACAUUUCAACUGGACUACAACAGAGGAGGACUAGAUGCUCCAGCCAAAAUUGAGAGAGCAUUAAUCUAUCAAAAUCUUCGAAAUAAAAGGAACAUUUCAGUAGUAACAGCCUUAACUAGAUUUCCGAUUAAGCUCAAAGAGUGGCCAGAUAACUGGAAACCUUACCUAGUAGCGUGGAAAAGACUCAAAGGAAACAUUACAGCUACAAAAAUUCAUAAACAACCGGGUAAUAACUUCACGGUUAAGAAAGCAACAGAAUACUUGAAGCAGUAUUCAGUACAACCAACAGCCACACAAGCACCCACAAAUAUCCAAGAAGAUUUAUCUAAACACUUCCAGUGGGUAACUACGAAAUCAGUCAGGCAAUUUGGAAUAAGGGAUACAGUUUCUUUAAGAACUCGGAAGGUCUUUACGGCAUCAAAUAUCUAG